AUGAGGAUGGUUCCUCUAUCACUGCUGCUAGUGGGCAUUCUGGUCAACUUUACAGGGGCUCUUCUACCCCCCGAGAGCCUGAAAAAAAUUUCAGAAGAGGGAAGAAAGUACAUCACUGAACAGUUUGAGAAUGCCCUAAAUGGAGUCAAGCAGAUGAAACAGCUCAUGGAUCAAACUGGGGAAGAGCACCAGAAGAUUCUUCGCACACUGGAGGAGACCAAGAAGAGCAAGGAGGAUGCUUUGAAGCAGGCUCUGGAGUCUGAGCAGCAGCUCUCCGAGACCCAGGAAAUCUGCAAUGACACCAUGCUGGCACUGUGGGAGGAGUGUAAGCCUUGCCUCAAACAGACUUGCGUCAGGUUCUACUCCAAGACCUGCAGAAGCGGAUCAGGCCUGGUUGGGCGUCAGCUGGAAGACUUCUUGAAUAGAUCUUCUCCCUUUGCCAUUUGGGUCAAUGGAGAGAGAAUAGACACUCUAAACAAGCAAAACGAGCAGCAGCACAUGGCAUUGGAGGAUAUCGAAGAUGGCUAUAGCAUUGUAGAAGACAGCGUACAUGAACUCUUCCAGGACAGCAUCAAGGCUUUUGACCACAUGAAGCCACUUUUCAGCAGGCCUUUCAAUGGUUUCAGUUUUCCCCAGUGGGAACCAUUCCCCUUUCAGAGAAUCAGCCCUCCAGUUUCCGCCAUGCGUAUCCGCAAGCAACGCUCACCUUUGUUUGAACCUUUUUUCACUAGCAAUUUUGACUCCCUCUUCAAAGCUGCUCAGAAAAUGAUGGAGAAGCAUCGUCAGAUGAUCCAACAAGGACCACGGUUCGAUGGGAUGGGUAAUGCUACUGAUGACAAAAUGGUAUGUCGGGAACUCAGACGAAAUACUGGCAGCUGCUUAAAGAUGAAGGACAAGUGUGAGAAGUGCAAGGAAAUUCUGGCAGUGGAUUGUUCAGGGAAGGAUACAAUGCAAGAAAAACUGCGGGAAAAAUUUGAAGACUCCGUUCGCUUAGCAGAGAAGUAUACCAAGCUGUACGAUGAUCUGCUACAGAGAUUCCGGGAGAAAAUGCUGAAUACCACCGGAAUCCUGGAGGACUUGAGUCACCAAUACAGCUGGGUGUCCAAGCUGGCCAACCUCACCGAUAGUGACAUGAAUGGAAUCUUCCAAGUGUCUACAGUGAGUGCCUAUUCCUCCAGCGGAGGGGCUCCAUCUGACACCACUGUCACAGUCAAACUUUUCGACUCUGAGUCUUUCACCUUCACAGUGCCUGGACACAUCACCAUGGAGGACCCAAAGUUUGGAGAACUGGUGGCUGAGGAAGCUUUGAAGAGAUUUAAAAAAGAAGUCAUGUAA